AUGGAAGCAACUACCGAUACUCACAGCGACGCCGCCGCCGCUAAGCCGGCUCCGGUCCCCGUCGUCUCCUCGAGCGGGACGCUAGGCCGCCACCUGGCCCGUCGCCUGGUUCAGAUCGGCGUGCGCGACGUCUUCUCCGUGCCCGGGGACUUCAACCUCACCCUGCUCGACCACCUCGUCGCCGAGCCGGACCUCAACCUGAUCGGCUGCUGCAACGAGCUCAACGCCGGGUAUGCCGCAGACGGCUACGCCCGCGCCACCGGCGUCGGGGCCUGCGUGGUCACUUUUACCGUCGGCGGCCUCAGCGUGCUGAACGCCAUCGCCGGUGCCUACAGCGAGAACUUGCCCGUGAUCUGCAUCGCCGGCGGACCCAAUUCCAACGACUACGGCACCAAUCGGAUCCUCCACCACACGAUCGGGCUACCCGAUUUUACCCAGGAGCUCCGGUGCUUCCAGACGAUCACCUGCGCUCAGGCCGUUGUGAAUCACUUGGAUGAUGCCCAUGAGUUGAUUGACACGGCGAUUUCAACGGCUCUGAAGGAAAGCAAGCCGGUUUAUAUUAGCAUUAGCUGCAAUUUACCCGCAAUCCCUCAUUCAACUUUUUCAAGGGAGCCCGUGCCAUUUUUUCUCGCACCAAAGGUCAGCAACCAGCUCGGGCUGGAAGCCGCAGUCGAGGCGGCGGCCGACUUCCUGAACAAGGCCGUUAAGCCCGUCAUCAUUGGCGGGCCCAAGAUGCGCGUCUCCAAGGCCCAACGGGCCUUCCUCGAGCUGGCGGACGCUUGCGGAUACCCAAUAGCAGUGAUGCCAUCAGGAAAGGGCCUCGUUCCUGAGCAGCACCCGCACUUCAUCGGGACCUAUUGGGGGGCCGUGAGCACGAGUUUCUGUGGGGAGAUAGUUGAGUCGGCUGAUGCAUACGUUUUUGUGGGCCCCAUAUUCAACGACUACAGCUCGGUCGGGUACUCGCUGCUGAUCAAGAAGGAGAAGUCGAUUGUCGUGCAGCCUAACCGCGUGACGGUAGGCCACGGGCCAUCGUUCGGGUGGGUCUUCAUGACUGACUUUCUCACGGCCCUGGCGAAGAAGCUGAAGAGGAACAGCACGGCUGUUGAUAACUACCGUAGGAUUUAUGUCCCGCCGGGCGUGGCCCUGAGGCGUGUAGAGAAGGAGCCACUCAGGGUCAACAUUCUUUUCAAGCACAUUCAGGAAAUGCUGAGUGGCAACACUGCAGUAAUUGCAGAGACAGGGGAUUCAUGGUUCAAUUGUCAAAAGCUUCGUUUGCCUGAGAAUUGCGGGUAUGAGUUCCAAAUGCAAUACGGAUCCAUUGGGUGGUCAGUCGGUGCAACUCUCGGUUAUGCACAGGCCGCGAAAGACAAACGCGUCAUCGCGUGUAUCGGUGAUGGGAGUUUCCAGGUUACGGCUCAGGACAUAUCCACCAUGAUACGGUGCGGGCAGAGGAGCAUAAUAUUCCUCAUCAACAAUGGAGGGUACACGAUUGAGGUCGAGAUUCACGACGGCCCUUACAACGUGAUCAAGAACUGGGACUACACAGCUCUUGUGCACGCCAUUCACAACGGGCAGGGCAAUUGCUGGGUUGCCAAGGUGAAAACAGAGGAUGAGCUGCUGGAGGCCAUAGAAAAGGCGACGGGCGAGCACAAGGACUCGUUGUGUUUCAUUGAGGUCUUUGUUCACAAGGAUGAUACGAGUAAAGAGUUGCUCGAAUGGGGCUCGCGUGUUGCUGCGGCUAACGGUCGAUUUCCUAACCCGCAGUAG